UCUAACACGGAAGGUGUGUUUAGUUUUUUUCUCCUGAGUGGGAGGAUUCAGGAUGUCAGCCAAGAUGUGACAGAAGCGAUGGGACGCUGAGAGUGUAAAGUAACGAGCAUUGCACGACGGGAACAGUAAAGUUUAUCUAGAGCCAAGAAAAUAAAACAACUCACGUCAAAUGGCGACACAGUAUUCUGACCUUGAGAAGGCCAUUAACACCUUGGUCACAAACUUCCAUGGUGCUUCUCCUGAUAAUCGGCCUACGCUGAAGGUAGAUGAGUUCAAGAAUCUCCUCUCCUCCCAGCUGCCAACUUUAGUCAAGUCGGAUCAUUUUGGAGAAGUGCUGAAGCAAAUGGGUGUGAAAGAUGGGGAAGGCAUCAGUUUCAAGCACUUCUGGAGCCUGAUCCAGAAUUUGGCCACAACCCAGCAUGGUCUGCUGAGCCACGAGAAGUUGUCCAAAUGCACCUGCCUUUUACUAUGAGCCGUGGGCUUCAACUGCAUCUGCCACUAAGACCUGGUCUCUCUGCAUCUCUGCAUUUAUCCAGAACCACUCAUCUCCAAACAAAACACUAACUUUCCUUCCUAAGCAUUCCAAUAUAUAAACACAAUUUGUACAUCAAGAUGUCUUUAUAUACAGUUUUUGUUUU